GAUGUAGCAGGCGACACUUCAGCUGGUACGGUGUGUAUAUAUGUCCACGCUGCCGUAUCCCGAAAGGUAAUUUCCUACCUCACACCAAUUGUCAUCAGUCAACCAAUCCCACCAAGCAACGACUCACUCGUCGACAUGGCACGAACACGCACAACCAAGACUACACACUCCAAGUCAGGAGGUCUCCUCUCCCGUCUGCGCAACCGCAAUCAAGCCAAGGUCUCUACCACGCAAUCUACCAACCCGGUCACGGGCACUACCACCACGACUCAAAAGACCAAGACACACCCCAACGGCGUUGGAUAUCGUGGACACGGUGGACGAGGACCAAUGGCUAACAACCAUGAGAGCCACUACACGAGCGGGCCAACUCACGUCCAUCACAAGAGAAAGCCAAGUGUUGGCGACAAGAUUUCUGGUGCUAUGAUGAAAUUGAAGGGCACAAUUACUAGGAGGCCAGGAAAGAAGGCUGCUGGGACUCGUCGCAUGCAUGGUACUGAUGGACGUGGGUCGCAUCAUAGGACUGUUGUUUAGACAUGGCCAUGGAGCAAGGCAUGAUGAAGACAAGAUUCUAAUGUUGAUGGCAUACGAAGAGAUGAAUUGUACUAUUCUGGAAAUGUUAUGAGCGAUACCCGAAUUUGUGAGCGAGGCGUGUUUUCAUAGCGUCAACGGUUCGAAACGAAUUGCAAGCAAUGAUGAUUUCCAAAG